UAAGCACAGUGACACUGACCUACGGGAGAGAGAAAAGUUCAAAAUUUUAACAAACGCGCUGUUCGAAAUUCUGGAGGACUUAAAAUCAAAAUCGUCAUCAUAAUCUACUAAUAAAAUGCAUUUCGUUUGCUUCGUUGGACUGUUACUUCUGCUUAUGGGAAACAGCUUGGGUUUUGCUUUGAAAAUGGGAACUCCGUCAGUGAACAGCGCUCCAAUCGUCGAGUGCGUAGAGGGCCUGUACAUUGCCGAUACCGUCAACAGGUGUGGGUAUUGGCAAUGCUGUCCCAACGAUAUCGUACAAUGGAUGUGGUGCGCCCCCGGCACCACCGUCAGCAGUGCCUUCACUACGGCUUCUAAAGGGGACCACAACCCAUGCUCUGUAUUCGGACCAGUGGAUAGGAAAUACUGUAUCAAAAGCGGCACGGUAACCACGGCCGCGACUCGACCAACCCUCACCAGCACCACCCCUUUGUCGACUGCUGUGCCCACGACGGCGACAAGUUGUCCCCCUGACUAUUGUAAGAACGGCCGGUGUCUGGAGGCAGCGUCCACUGGCUCUUUCCGUUGUCUUUGUAAUGUGGGUUACACUGGCGAACGAUGUGAUAGAGAUGUUGACGAAUGUCGCACUGGCAAGCACAGUUGUCAUGUCAACGCCAGAUGUAUUAACCAACCCGGCUUUUAUUUCUGUCUAUGUAAUGCAGGAUUCCAAGGCAACGGUUUCCAGUGCACGGACAUUAACGAGUGUGAAGACGGCAAUAGGUGUGCCUCUGGCGCAAUAUGUAGUAACCUCCCUGGCAGCUACACCUGCGCAUGCCCCAGUGGUUUUACAGGAGACGGUUUCAACUUUUGCAGCGACGUGAAUGAGUGUAGCACGGGCGGUCAUGAUUGCCAUAGCAACGCAUUGUGCAGCAACACCCAGGGCUCCUACUCCUGUACGUGUAGAUCUGGUUAUGUUGGGGAUGGAUUUAAUUGUCAACAGACAUCCUCAGACCCAUGCAACCCCAAUCCCUGCACUCAUGGAACUUGUACAGAAACCCAGGGAGGAUACUUUUGUACAUGUGAACCUGGCUGGACAGGAAAUAAUUGCAAUCAAGACAUCAACGAGUGUGCUACAGGCACUGCCCAGUGCCACAGCCAGGCUGACUGCGUGGACACCCUGGGCUCAUAUGGCUGUAUCUGCCGCCCUGGAUACACAGGGGAUGGAAAAAAUUGUCAAGAUAAAAAUGAGUGUACCAGUGGUGAGUCACAGUGCGAUAGAAAUGCAAAUUGUGUCAACACUGAUGGGAGUUACACCUGCGCAUGUAAACCCGGAUAUUUUGGCGAUGGACGCAUGUGUCUGGACCUGAACGAGUGCUCUACAGGCCUGCAUGACUGUAGUCUUGAUGCAACAUGCGAGAACACAAAGGGCUCCUAUGUGUGCACGUGCAAGAAUGGUUUCACUGGAGAUGGGAGAUUUUGCACUGUAAAUGUUAUACCUGACUGCCCAUGGACGGACUCAUUCAUCUAUACAAGACAUGUCAAACUCAGAGACUACAACGACUACAGAAUACAAGCCUUCCACAUCAGUGCAAACUUCACCAUCGCAGACUGCGAAAGAGUGUGCAGGGAAUCUGAAUGUGGUCGUCGAGAGGGAGGUCUCUGCUAUGACCCAGCGUGCCGCUCUGUGGACGUUAAUAUUGGCAGAAACGAGAUUUACAGCAAAUGUCACAUCAGUUCCCAGGACCAGUUUUCACAGCCAGAAAAUAUGGAGCAGAUGAACCCAGCUGAUAAUUACACAUACAUGCAACGGCUGCAGGAUUGUAGCAAUGCCCCCAGUUGUAGAUGUUACACUGGAGGCCUACAAGCUGGGGGAGGCACUGGAAAGUAAACAAAAGGGGACUUCUUCUCUGC